AUGUUCAUAGAAGAUAUUAAAAAUGAUUUCUACAAUGUACUUCUCGGGAACAGGGUCUUACUGCUAGUUCAUUACGACGUAGACGCUAUAUGCACUUGUAAAAUACUGCAGGGAUUGUUUAAAUGCGAUAACGUAUCAUAUACUCUAGUGCCGGUGGGGGGUAUUUCGGAGUUGAAGCAGGCUUACGAAGAAAAUAAUGAAGAAAUAAAGUAUGUAGUGUUAAUAAACUGUGGUGGGACUAUAGACCUGGUUGAUAUUCUGCAGCCCGAGGAGGAUGUGGUGUUUUUCGUACUAGACGCUCACAAGCCUACUGAUGUGUGUAAUGUCUAUAGUGAUGGCCAGGUAAGGCUUGUGUAUAAAGAUGAUGAAGAAAACAUUCCUAACUAUGAUGAUAUAUUCAGAGAUGAUGAUGAAGAUGAGAAUGAAACUCAAGAGAGUGGCCAUGAAGGACUGGAAGCUAUGGUGGAACGCCGCCGAGAGAGGAGGGCCUGGGAAGACAGAAGAAAUAAUCUUAUGUUCAAUUAUAUACAAUUCUCUUAUUACGGGAAGCCUAGCGCGUGUAUAGCGGUCGAGUUAGCUUGGCGCGUGUCCCGGUGCGGUUGGGCGGCGGUGUGGGCGGCCAGCGUGGCGGCCGCCGCGCAGACCGCGCUGCACUCGCGGACUCAGGCUGCCGCCCUACUGGACGCCGACUCCUUGCACCGACACCUGCCACCUGAGCAUUCACAGACGGGAGCGCGGGUGUGCUUGGAGAAGGACGCGUGCCUGCCGCUGUACCGGCGCUGGUCGCUGGAGGCGGCGCUGCGCCACGCGCCGGCGCUGGCGCCGCACCUGCGCCUGCACACGCUCGCCGGACACGCGCGACUGCGACAGCUACUGGCCGAUUGUGGGAUCCCCCUUCAACAAGCUCGUCAAGCUUACCGUUCGAUGGAUGUAGAACUUCGCCAUUCCUUGUUGACAGCACUAGAAACUGCUGCCCCGAAACAUAAGCUACCGAUUCCAACUCACACAACCUUUUUGCUCCAACGACCACAUUCUCCGACGCUAGCGGCAAUGGACGACGUGUACGCAAUCAUGGGACUCAUAGAACACGAAACGACUCCAAAGGGCGAAGGAUUUCAACUCGCGUUGUCAGUGCUAGACAUUGAGAGCGGAGAGAAUGAAAGUCGUCGACUGGGUUCUCUUUCGGCUCAAAGAGCCUUGGAAGCCGUCGGGAGGGUCGUACACGCCACUCUCAGCGGGAAGAAGCUUCACCUCGCCGGACCCUUUAGUUAUUUUAUCAUACCAGAGGGCACCCCGGAGGCGCAGGUGGUGAAGGGCCCGCUGUGGCUGGGCGUGGCGGCGCGGUGGGCCAGCGCGGCCAGCGGCGGGGCGCGCGCGCUCGUGGCCAGCGCGCCGCACGGGGACCGCGCCUGCCUGCUGCUGGGCGUGCCGCCGCGCUACUCGCAGGAGCCGCGCAAGUCAGUACACACACACUCGCCCCUGUGGCUCGUACACACUGGGGACUGGGGACCGCGCCUGCCUGCUGCUGGGCGUGCCGCCGCGCUACUCGCAGGAGCCGCGCAAGUCAGUACACACACACUCGCCCCUGUGGCUCGUACACACUGGGGACUGGGGACCGCGCCUGCCUGCUGCUGGGCGUGCCGCCGCGCUACUCGCAGGAGCCGCGCAAGUCAGUACACACACACUCGCCCCUGUGGCUCGUACACACUGGGGACUGGGGACCGCGCCUGCCUGCUGCUGGGCGUGCCGCCGCGCUACUCGCAGGAGCCGCGCAAGUCAGUACACACACACUCGCCCCUGUGGCUCGUACACACUGGGGACUGGGGACCGCGCCUGCCUGCUGCUGGGCGUGCCGCCGCGCUACUCGCAGGAGCCGCGCAAGUCAGUACACACACACUCGCCCCUGUGGCUCGUACACACUGGGGACUGGGGACCGCGCCUGCCUGCUGCUGGGCGUGCCGCCGCGCUACUCGCAGGAGCCGCGCAAGUCAGUACACACACACUCGCCCCUGUGGCUCGUACACACUGGGGACUGGGGACCGCGCCUGCCUGCUGCUGGGCGUGCCGCCGCGCUACUCGCAGGAGCCGCGCAAGUCAGUACACACACACUCGCCCCUGUGGCUCGUACACACUGGGGACUGGGGACCGCGCCUGCCUGCUGCUGGGCGUGCCGCCGCGCUACUCGCAGGAGCCGCGCAAGUCAGUACACACACACUCGCCCCUGUGGCUCGUACACACUGGGGACUGGGGACCGCGCCUGCCUGCUGCUGGGCGUGCCGCCGCGCUACUCGCAGGAGCCGCGCAAGUCAGUACACACACACUCGCCCCUGUGGCUCGUACACACUGGGGACUGGGGACCGCGCCUGCCUGCUGCUGGGCGUGCCGCCGCGCUACUCGCAGGAGCCGCGCAAGUCAGUACACACACACUCGCCCCUGUGGCUCGUACACACUGGGGACUGGGGACCGCGCCUGCCUGCUGCUGGGCGUGCCGCCGCGCUACUCGCAGGAGCCGCGCAAGUCAGUACACACACACUCGCCCCUGUGGCUCGUACACACUGGGGACUGGGGACCGCGCCUGCCUGCUGCUGGGCGUGCCGCCGCGCUACUCGCAGGAGCCGCGCAAGUCAGUACACACACACUCGCCCCUGUGGCUCGUACACACUGGGGACUGGGGACCGCGCCUGCCUGCUGCUGGGCGUGCCGCCGCGCUACUCGCAGGAGCCGCGCAAGUCAGUACACACACACUCGCCCCUGUGGCUCGUACACACUGGGGACUGGGGACCGCGCCUGCCUGCUGCUGGGCGUGCCGCCGCGCUACUCGCAGGAGCCGCGCAAGUCAGUACACACACACUCGCCCCUGUGGCUCGUACACACUGGGGACUGGGGACCGCGCCUGCCUGCUGCUGGGCGUGCCGCCGCGCUACUCGCAGGAGCCGCGCAAGGCAGUACACACACACUCGCCCCUGUGGCUCGUACACACUGGGGACUGGGGACCGCGCCUGCCUGCUGCUGGGCGUGCCGCCGCGCUACUCGCAGGAGCCGCGCAAGUCAGUACACACACACUCGCCCCUGUGGCUCGUACACACUGGGGACUGGGGACCGCGCCUGCCUGCUGCUGGGCGUGCCGCCGCGCUACUCGCAGGAGCCGCGCAAGUCAGUACACACACACUCGCCCCUGUGGCUCGUACACACUGGGGACUGGGGACCGCGCCUGCCUGCUGCUGGGCGUGCCGCCGCGCUACUCGCAGGAGCCGCGCAAGUCAGUACACACACACUCGCCCCUGUGGCUCGUACACACUGGGGACUGGGGACCGCGCCUGCCUGCUGCUGGGCGUGCCGCCGCGCUACUCGCAGGAGCCGCGCAAGGCAGUACACACACACUCGCCCCUGUGGCUCGUACACACUGGGGACUGGGGACCGCGCCUGCCUGCUGCUGGGCGUGCCGCCGCGCUACUCGCAGGAGCCGCGCAAGUCAGUACACACACACUCGCCCCUGUGGCUCGUACACACUGGGGACUGGGGACCGCGCCUGCCUGCUGCUGGGCGUGCCGCCGCGCUAGUCGCAGGAGCCGCGCAAGUCAGUACACACACACUCGCCCCUGUGGCUCGUACACACUGGGGACUGGGGACCGCGCCUGCCUGCUGCUGGGCGUGCCGCCGCGCUACUCGCAGGAGCCGCGCAAGUCAGUACACACACACUCGCCCCUGUGGCUCGUACACACUGGGGACUGGGGACCGCGCCUGCCUGCUGCUGGGCGUGCCGCCGCGCUACUCGCAGGAGCCGCGCAAGUCAGUACACACACACUCGCCCCUGUGGCUCGUACACACUGGGGACUGGGGACCGCGCCUGCCUGCUGCUGGGCGUGCCGCCGCGCUACUCGCAGGAGCCGCGCAAGUCAGUACACACACACUCGCCCCUGUGGCUCGUACACACUGGGGACUGGGGACCGCGCCUGCCUGCUGCUGGGCGUGCCGCCGCGCUACUCGCAGGAGCCGCGCAAGUCAGUACACACACACUCGCCCCUGUGGCUCGUACACACUGGGGACUGGGGACCGCGCCUGCCUGCUGCUGGGCGUGCCGCCGCGCUACUCGCAGGAGCCGCGCAAGUCAGUACACACACACUCGCCCCUGUGGCUCGUGCACACUGGGGACUGGGGACCGCGCCUGCCUGCUGCUGGGCGUGCCGCCGCGCUACUCGCAGGAGCCGCGCAAGUCAGUACACACACACUCGCCCCUGUGGCUCGUACACACUGGGGACUGGGGACCGCGCCUGCCUGCUGCUGGGCGUGCCGCCGCGCUACUCGCAGGAGCCGCGCAAGUCAGUACACACACACUCGCCCCUGUGGCUCGUACACACUGGGGACUGGGGACCGCGCCUGCCUGCUGCUGGGCGUGCCGCCGCGCUACUCGCAGGAGCCGCGCAAGUCAGUACACACACACUCGCCCCUGUGGCUCGUACACACUGGGGACUGGGGACCGCGCCUGCCUGCUGCUGGGCGUGCCGCCGCGCUACUCGCAGGAGCCGCGCAAGUCAGUACACACACACUCGCCCCUGUGGCUCGUACACACUGGGGACUGGGGACCGCGCCUGCCUGCUGCUGGGCGUGCCGCCGCGCUACUCGCAGGAGCCGCGCAAGUCAGUACACACACACUCGCCCCUGUGGCUCGUACACACUGGGGACUGGGGACCGCGCCUGCCUGCUGCUGGGCGUGCCGCCGCGCUACUCGCAGGAGCCGCGCAAGUCAGUACACACACACUCGCCCCUGUGGCUCGUACACACUGGGGACUGGGGACCGCGCCUGCCUGCUGCUGGGCGUGCCGCCGCGCUACUCGCAGGAGCCGCGCAAGUCAGUACACACACACUCGCCCCUGUGGCUCGUACACACUGGGGACUGGGGACCGCGCCUGCCUGCUGCUGGGCGUGCCGCCGCGCUACUCGCAGGAGCCGCGCAAGGCAGUACACACACACUCGCCCCUGUGGCUCGUACACACUGGGGACUGGGGACCGCGCCUGCCUGCUGCUGGGCGUGCCGCCGCGCUACUCGCAGGAGCCGCGCAAGGCAGUACACACACACUCGCCCCUGUGGCUCGUACACACUGGGGACUGGGGACCGCGCCUGCCUGCUGCUGGGCGUGCCGCCGCGCUACUCGCAGGAGCCGCGCAAGUCAGUACACACACACUCGCCCCUGUGGCUCGUACACACUGGGGACUGGGGACCGCGCCUGCCUGCUGCUGGGCGUGCCGCCGCGCUACUCGCAGGAGCCGCGCAAGUCAGUACACACACACUCGCCCCUGUGGCUCGUACACACUGGGGACUGGGGACCGCGCCUGCCUGCUGCUGGGCGUGCCGCCGCGCUACUCGCAGGAGCCGCGCAAGGCAGUACACACACACUCGCCCCUGUGGCUCGUACACACUGGGGACUGGGGACCGCGCCUGCCUGCUGCUGGGCGUGCCGCCGCGCUACUCGCAGGAGCCGCGCAAGGCAGUACACACACACUCGCCCCUGUGGCUCGUACACACUGGGGACUGGGGACCGCGCCUGCCUGCUGCUGGGCGUGCCGCCGCGCUACUCGCAGGAGCCGCGCAAGGCAGUACACACACACUCGCCCCUGUGGCUCGUACACACUGGGGACUGGGGACCGCGCCUGCCUGCUGCUGGGCGUGCCGCCGCGCUACUCGCAGGAGCCGCGCAAGGCAGUACACACACACUCGCCCCUGUGGCUCGUACACACUGGGGACUGGGGACCGCGCCUGCCUGCUGCUGGGCGUGCCGCCGCGCUACUCGCAGGAGCCGCGCAAGUCAGUACACACACACUCGCCCCUGUGGCUCGUACACACUGGGGACUGGGGACCGCGCCUGCCUGCUGCUAGUCAUUGCAUUGAGCCAUUUAUUCGGCGCAGCGUUCGAACAGGCGGCUAACAAGUGUGGUGCGUCAGUGUCGCUGGACCACGUGGACUCUUCCAUCAUCUCUCUGCCCAUCGCUCAACGCGCACAAUUCCUGGACGCCCUCACAGCUCUACUAGCGUGA